UGUCGACAACCAUAAACAAAAAGAUUGUCAUGUCGAUGGUUUUAAAUUUGCAAUAACUUAUCAAUCACUAUUCUGAAUGAUUGAAAUAUGGCCGAAGAUAUAGACGAUUUGCUGGAAGAGGUUGAGUCGAAAUAUUUGACGAAGGACAUUAAAAAGGGGAGGACUGUGAACAAUCAAAAAGAGAAAAGGGAUAAUGAAUAUGACAUAGAUGAUUUACUGGAUGACAUACAAGUAGAACCUAUUCCAAAGGCUUCUAGAUCUGUUCCCAACAAUAUAUCAGAUUUCCGUCCCACCACAGGAAGAAAGUGCUUCCCAGUGUAUCUUGGUGGUUCAAUGUGUUCUCAGGGCAUGGCAAGUUCCGUAAGCCAAAGGGCAUGUGAUAAGCUACGUUGUACUUCAUGUGACUUCAAAGUGUGUUCAUUUGAUAAUUUUGAAUGGAGUAGCGAGACUGACUAUUUGUUCCUCCGGAAUAAUGCUCCAGACUAUGAUAGACUAAAGACAAAUAUGGUACCUAAAAAAGGUUCCCGUGCCUACUGCUGUCAGUGUAGUCACCGCUCAGUCACAGAUAUAACAAAGUUAGGUGACCCUCAACUCAAAUGGGUGUGUGGCAAGCACUGACGUUCAACUCUGCUCUCAAUUUCACCAAGUGGAUUAAUUAUUAUUACCUGUACUGCUCACCUGUUUGUGUGACUCCUGUUACAUGUACAUGUAUUUCUAAUUGUGCAUGAGAGAAUCAAGUAUUGAUUCAAGUUUCACUGAACAAUUUUGAAUAUAUUGAUGUAAAUUUUUUAAAACUGUACAUGUUUAUACAUUGUUGUUUUGUUAAAACAAAGUAUUUAUGUUCAUUUUGAAAAUUGUCAUAUCAUGUUUGGUAAAACACCAUCAUGAAAAAGGUUGUUCAUCAUGAAAAAGGUUGUACUUGUCAAAUUAAACUAGUCACAGCAAAUUAAGGUUAACGAUAAAUUAUUAGUUAUCUUUUCCUUUCACAUUGUCAAGAAAAUAG